AUGGGCAUCUCUCUCAGCAACACCGCCCGCCGGCGAGCCCCGACUCACCCUUACCCGCCACUCGUCCACAACCACCACCACACGGUGAUGAACUACUACGGCUCAUAUCCUGCGAGCCCUUCCCCUUAUCCUGCGCACCCCGCUUCUUCUUCCCUCGCGUAUUACCCCACGUACUACACUUCUAAUGCUUACACUGUCUGCAAUAACCCUAACCCGCUUGUCGGCCAGCCCUAUUUCGGCGGUCCUUUUGAGCUGCAGCAGGCGCUGCCGCAGCCUCGAGAUGCAGCGGCGGUGCUGCCGCCCUGCGGCGAGCAGAAGGCGGCGAAAGUUGUGAAUAGCGACGUGAACGUGCAUAAAGAUACCUUGAGGCUAGAGGUUGAUGAGCUGAACCCGGAUCAAUGCCUGGUUUCGUUUAUUUUUGAUGCUUUGGUAGACGGGAGCAUCACGAUCUGUUAUUUUGCCAAGGAAGAACCCCAGCGCCAAUAUGUUUCAUUAUUUCCCGAAACUUAUGUCCCCAUAAAAGUUCCUUUCAGGAAGGGCCUUCGCCAGGAAUUUAGACAGCCGUUAGGAACAGGCAUCGACCUGCGUUUUUUCUCCUUGUAUGAUCUUUCGAAUCCAUCAUCCAGAGACGAUGUGUUUCCCAUAGUAAUAGCUGCCGACGCGUGCCAUAGUCCAUAUAUGUUUGACGACAGAAACUAUGUUCUGGCACAUACAUCACUUCAGAUGCAGAUAACUCAGGUGGCUGUGGUGAAAAAUAAUGAUGGACAAUUUGCUGCUAAGGUAAUCAGGCAGCUAUUAUGGAGUGAUGAUACCUGUUAUGAACUGCGGGAUAUAUAUGGGCUGGGAAAGUCGGGCCAGGGCUGUAGUGACAGUGUGUCAGGGAAAGACUGCGUGAUUUGCUUGACUGAGCCAAAGGAUACAGCUUUGCUUCCUUGCAGACAUAUGUGUAUGUGCAGCAACUGUGCAAAGACACUGAGGCUUCAGUCAAACAAGUGCCCAAUCUGCCGCGAAAUUAUUGAGUCUCUUCUGGAAAUCAAGACUGAUAAUACCGAGAGCGAGGUUUAUUCUCUCUCGCGAAGCUGGCCUGGUCGCGGCGGUCCUCCGAUUGGCGUCGCGGCUGGUCCGACUGGCUCGGCUGGUCGCGGUUGGCGGUCCUCGGGCUCGGGCUCGGGCUCGUAG